AGGAGACUGAGAGUGCGCACACAGAAAUUGUGCAAGCGCAACUGCACUCUGCACACGGAUCCUCUGUACAAUCCAACUCCAAACAACUCCAAACACUGUGUACAAACACACCUUCUGCAGCACUGUGGAGUCCUGCGUGCUCGCGCAGGCCCGGCCGGUGUGUGUGCGCGCGCGCUGGCUGACAGCGGAGCGCGUGUUUACGGUACAGGACGCGUCCGCUGCUGCUUUGGAGUGAUGGAGGUGAAGGACGAGCUGUCUGACUCUCGCUUCAGCCCCAGUAAAGCUUCCUGCAGUCUGAUAAAGUGGAGGAAGAGGGUCAAGUCUGAGUACAUGAGGCUGAGGCAGCUGAAGCGCUUCCGCAAGGCCGAGGAGAUGAAGUCCCUGUUUCAGACAAACAGGCGUAAAAUAGAAGGAAGGACCUACCUGUUGAAUGAGGAGUGGUCAAAACUGAGGGUCCAGUCCAUCCCUCUGUCCACACCAACUGGAAUAGUGACCAGCAAAAAGCAGUGCAUGGUGGAGUUCGGCUUCCCAUCGUUCCCCAGCCAGGCUGUUGCCAUGCGGCCCCUGACGACCGUUGCUGGGAUACCAUUCAUGUACUCCUGGUCCCCCUUGCAGCAGAACUUCAUGGUGGAGGACGAGACGUUUCUCCAUAACAUCCCGUACAUGGGUGAUGAGGUACUGGAGCAGGAUGAAGCUUUUCUGGAGGAGCUCAUUGAUAACUACGACGGAGUCCAUGGGGACAUAGAUGGAGGCUUCAUCAAUGACGAAAUAUUCAAGGAGCUGGUGGAGGCUCUCAGUCAGUAUUCGGACCACGAGGACGAGGAGGAGAGCACUGAGGAAGAGGAGGAACGAGCGCUGAGGAAAAGCACAGAAGAGAGCUCCGCCGAGAACACAGCCGGAUCUCCGACCCUGAAGAGGAAGAGGGAACAAACCACUGACGGCAGCGAACUUUCUGUCAGUAAGAAAAUCCCUAAUGAUAAGAUUUUCACUGCCAUCGCCUCCAUGUUCCCCUACAAAGGCACCACAGAGGAGCUCAAGGAGAAGUAUAAAGAUCUUCUGGAGCCGGCAAGUGCAGUGAAGCUUCCUCCUCUCUGUACACCGAACAUGGACGGGCCCUUCGCUAAAUCUGUUCAGAGAGAACAAAGUCUGCACUCCUUUCACACACUGUUCUGCCGCCGCUGCUUUAAAUACGACUGCUUCCUCCAUCCUUUCCACGCUUCUCCAAACGUCUACAAGAGAAAGACUAAGGAGAUCCGUAAAGAGACAGAGCCCUGUGGACUGGACUGCUUCCUACUACAGAAAGGAGCUAAGGAGUUUGCCGACCUGCACAUGCAGAGGACGCAGAGGUCCCGCCGACGCCGGCGUCAGCCUCGCCCCUCCAGCUCCACCAGUCCCAUACCGUCUGGAUCAUUUGAGGACAGGAAGGAGGGAGAGAGUGACCACGAGACCACCAGUUCUUCAGAGGGUAACUCCCGGUGUCCCACCCCCACCAAAAUAAGACAGGGCGAGGAUCUGAUGGACGAAAGCGAGUCCCUGUUACAGUGGAGUGGGGCGGAUGAAUCUCUGUUCAGGGUGCUGCACGGUACCUACUACAACAACUUCUGCUCUAUAGCUCGCCUCAUUGGUACCAAGACCUGCAAACAGGUAUACGAGUUUGCAGUGAAAGAGGCACUGAUUCAUCGUGUGCCUCUGGAGGAUGGAGGAAUCUCACCUCAGAAGAAGAAAAGAAAGCACAGGUUAUGGGCCAAGAUCCAGCUAAAGAAGGAUAAUUCGUCCAAUCAGGUGUACAACUAUCAGCCAUGUGACCACCCCAAGCACCCCUGUGACAGCUCGUGCCCGUGUGUUCUGACCCAGAACUUCUGCGAGAAAUUCUGCCAGUGUGAUCAAGAGUGUCAGAACCGUUUCCCAGGAUGCCGCUGUAAGACUCAGUGUAACACUAAACAGUGUCCCUGUUACCUGGCUGUACGUGAGUGUGACCCUGAUCUCUGUCUGACCUGCGGAGCUUCAGACCACUGGGACAAUAAACAGGUCACCUGUAAGAACUGCAGUAUCCAGAGAGGACUCAAGAAGCACCUACUCCUGGCUCCAUCAGACGUGGCAGGAUGGGGAACGUUCAUCAAGGAGCCAGUUCAGAAGAACGAGUUCAUUUCAGAGUACUGCGGAGAGCUGAUUUCUCAGGACGAGGCUGACAGACGAGGCAGGAUCUACGAUAAGUACAUGUCCAGCUUCCUUUUCAACCUGAAUAACGAUUUUGUUGUGGACGCAACACGGAAAGGGAACAAGAUUCGCUUUGCCAACCACUCCGUUAAUCCCAACUGUUACGCUAAAGUUGUGAUGGUGAACGGUGAUCACCGUAUUGGGAUCUUUGCCAAGCGGUCCAUUUUGCAAGGAGAGGAGCUCUUCUUUGACUACAGGUAUAGCCAGGCGGACGCUCUCAAAUACGUGGGCCUGGAGAGAGAGGUGGACGCUGUGUGAUGUCACCCAGUCGUCUGGUAAUUCUCUUACAGCUACCCACAAUGCACAUCUGCUCAAUAACCCAAGACUUCGGUUCUGUUGCAGUCGACUAGAUCUGUCUGUGUUAAUUAUUAGUAAAUUAUUAGCAUCCUUCUGUUACUCUUCUCUUUCUCCAAUCAUGGUUUUUAGUUCAGCUCAUCUGUGACAGAACGAUUUCUGCAUGGUCAGUUAUUAAACUCGUCAUGUUGUGGUAAAUAUUUACACAUUUAGGAAUCACUCACAGGUCUGGCAUCAAUAUAAACUCAACAUACUGUACAGUACAACAGCAGAAACUCAGAACUCUUCGUGUGGCUGUUUGUUCUGGUCGGUUUGUUCAUCAUGAGCAUCAGUUGUGUUCGAUGUCUUUGGCAAUAACAGAAUCCUUGUUGUGACGUUAGCUUCCUCCUGUAACCUGAAGAGCUUCACUGUUUUUCAAGUGCGUCCGUUAUCUUUACACACUUAAGAAACAAGUUAGUAAAAGACUAAAUUGAGUCGUUUUCGGUUUGUUUUUAAUUGUGUCCAGGUUGGUGAAUUUCUGUUGUGUAACAAUAAUUAGUGUUCUGCUAACAUACAGUUUUAAAUCAGCUGUGCUAACCUGUAUCUACCCUAGAUCUUUAGCUAAUCCAGUGCUAACUAGCCUAGCAAUUUCUGAGUAUUUACUACAAACAUAACUAUUAAUAAUAAGACUUAAGCUUGCUAGCUAAUCCAUGCCAGAUUUCAGGUAUAUCUAUUACAGUAAGUAACCAUACGAGCCGACAAAGUGAAUGUGCACUUUGAGCUAAAGAUUAACGUCAAUCAUUUCUACAAGUAACGUAACGUCUACAUGACUUCUUUUCAACAUUUUUACUUAAAAAGAGCAUUUAAUAUCAGGUUCUACUCUAGUUGUUCCUUUUAUUGGUUAAAAAAAAACUAUACAGCCGAUAUACUGAGAAUGUGCAGUGUUUUGUCUGGGGAAGAUUUGACAAGGUAUGAUAACACAUUUAGCCUUCUAUAAUAUCAAAGAAUGGCAUUGUGGCUCGGUGGGUAGCACUGUCACCUCACAGCAAGAAGGUCCUGGGUUCGAUCCCCAGGCGGCAUGUUCUCCCCGUGUCCGCGUGGGUUUCCUCCGGGUGCUCCGGUUUCCUCCCACAGUCCAAAAACAUGCAGUCAGGUUAAUUGGAGACACUGAAUUGCCCUAAAGGUGAAUGGAUGUGUGUGUGUGUGUGUGUGUGUGUGUGUGUGUGUGUGUGUGUGUGUGUGCCCUGCGAUGGACCCCCAAAGAGACCCUAACUGGAUAAGCGGUUAAGAAAGUGAGUGAGUGAGUGAGUUUACACACUUUGGACAGACUAAACAAACUAAAGGUCCAACAUUUUUGGGUAUGACUGAUUUUGGGUAAACGUUUAUUUUUGAACUUAUCUUGUGUCUGCAGUCCAGAUCUGCUUCAUAUUGAACAUGUGGCGUGUUAUGAAGCACAAAAUAUGACAAAGGGCCACGUACAGCUACACAUUUGGCUGCUCAACAGACAAACGGGAAAAAAUGACUGGAUCUAAAUCUUAAAACUGGAUCUGUUGACGUCUUUAGUCCCCAAACAAGUAAAAGGAAAGUGAUAACAGUAAACAUUCAUUUGUCCCAAGUUUUUGGAACAGGUUGCAGACAUCACAUUUUAUGUAUUUAAUAUUUCAUUUUUAAUGAGAUGAAACAUUAAAUAUUGUGUUUUUGUGCGUUUUUAUUUCUUUUUUUAUUACAGAAUUUACUGCUUUCUGUCUUUAUUAUCACUUAUUUACAUUCUGUUACAGCUUUUACCUUCUCAAAUCUUCCCCUAAAACAGACCAACUAUUCAAUUAGUUUCAGAAUUAUUGGCACCCCUGCAGUAAUAAGCUGGGUAAAAAGAGUCAUUUAAGUGUUUUUGUGGUUACUUUGCUCAAUCUCACACUGAAAAUAUGAAAAGAACUGUUACAAGCAAAAUCACAUCAACAUAAAAAAUGAAGUAGCAUUUUUAUUUUUCAGGCUGAAUAUUUUGGAUAUUAUUAUUAUUAUACUUUAUGACUAUUUUAUAUUAUGAUGUAAUUGCUUCUUUGCCUACCUACUUAAGUCAACUGUAUAAAGAGAGAAUGGGAUAUAAUUUCAAAAUCUAUGUACAAGCAAGCAGGUAUGUGUAUAUUACAAGCAAAAUCCCAUCAACUUUACAGUGUCAUAAAAAUGAAGAAGCAUAUUUAUUUGUACUUAUUUAUUUGUCAGGGUUCACCAGAUUUAGGAACUCUUGAAUGGGUCUUAAAUAAAAAUGAAUUUAUUUUACUGGAUUAUGAAUAUGAGGUGAUACAAAGGGCGGAUUUGCUUUGUCCAUUUGUUACAAUAGGGAAAAUCAGGGAAUAUACAAAUGAAUUCUGUAUGCAAGCAGUCGUGUCAUUCAUGAUUUAAUGAAUGUAUCUUUUUUCAGUGUGAAAUUAAGCUAAUUAACCACAAACGGUCAUUUUGUCGACUUUUGUCGACCUCGUCUGUAAAAUGAUCCCAAUAAUUCGGCAGCUGACCAUAUCACAAACCAGGUACUGCGUCCUGUAUCACAAACUGACUGAUUUUGGUCUCCGUAUUUAACUGUUACAAGCGAGUCUUCCCUUCCUAAUUUAAUUCACGUGCCAAAAUACACUAGAAGGUCUAAAAGCUAAACUCUUAAAUGUUACUUGUUAAACAUUUCAGUUACCCUGUUUGUAAAAUAGCACUUUAUUGCAUAACCUUUAUAUAUGUAAAAAUACAUGAUUGGAUAUGACGUCCAAAAGAUCUUGGCAGUUGCGGCUAAAUAUAAUAUUAUUAUAUUUUAUUAUUAUUUUAUAUUAAUAAUAUGAUGUAGUUGCUUCUAUGCCCACCUACUUAAGCCAACUGUAUAAAGAGAGAAUGGGAUAUAAUUUCAGAUGUAUGUACAAGCAAGCAGUGUAUGAAAUGUGUAUGAAAAAUAAAUUUUUAAGCUACUUUAAAAA